CACUGGCGCUUCCCCCUCUGGUCGUCCACUGGCUAUGACACGGUAAUAAAGCACACGCAGGGCUGGUGUGAACACUGAGCGCAGGCUCACGGACACGGGCUCUCCGUCUCGCUCUCUCGAUCUCGCGGUCACUCCGGGAUCGGUUAGGGAGCGGUUCAGGGUCUCUGUGCGGCGGUGUGUCCCUGUGAGUGGAGGCGCUCGCCCCGCUGUAGCUCCUCCAGCCUCCCCCGCUCCCCGCCUGAUCAACAUGAAGACCAGAGUGCCGCUCUACGACUGCAGGAGAGGAGGACUGUGAGACCGCCUUCACCAUGAUGAAAAAGAAGAAAUUCAAGUUUAGAGUAGACUUCCAGCUGGACGAGCUCUCCUCCGUGCCCUUCGUCAACGGAGUGCUGUUCUGUAAAGUCCGGCUGCUCGACGGAGGAUUCUCCGAGGAGUCUUCACGAGAAAUGGUCCAGGCUAACUGUGUGCACUGGAGAAAGAAGUUUUCAUUCCCGUGCAAAAUGAGUGCCAGUGCUGGAACAGGAGUCCUCGAUCCGUGUGUGUGUCGCGUUUCUGUCAGAAAGGAGCUGAAAGGCGGAAAGACGUACGCAAAGCUGGGCUUUGCUGAUCUGAACCUGGCUGAGUUUGCAGGCUCAGGGAGCACCACACGCCGGUGUCUGCUGGAGGGCUACGACACCAAGAACACCAGGCAGGACAAUUCGAUCCUUAAGGUGGUCAUCAGUACCCAGCUCAUGUCUGGAGACCCAUGCUUCAAAACGCCUCCGUCCACGGCGACAGUCAUUGGGAUCCAAGGAGACUCUGAGAGUCUACUGGAAGAGCGGAGAGGAGGAGACACACAGAAACCAUUCCUCUGCCUCUCAGAAACGCCAGGCAAGUGUGGCUCUCUGCCAGAGGAGCUAGGAGUGUUUGGUCAUUCUCGAACCUCUAGCUAUGCUAGUCAGCAGUCCAAAGUAUCAGGCUACAGCACGGGCCACUCGCGCUCCUCCAGCCUGUCAGAGUUCUCCCACAGGAGGAACACCUCAGUGGGCAGCGCCUCCACAGGCAUCGCCAGCAUCCCUGAGCCCAGUGAGGAGAACCACAGCACCACAGCACCCCCUGCUGUUGCUUCUGGGGCUUGUGCCUCUCGGCCUGAACACCCGGGCACACCUGAUCGAGCCUCUAGUAGGUACCCAGUGAAGCAGGACUCGAUGGAGUCUCAGUUAAAACGGAUGGAUGCCACGCGAGUGGAUGCCGACGACGUGGUGGAGAAGAUUUUGCAGAGCCAGGACUUCACCCACAGCCUGCUUGACUCCAGUGCUGAAGAGGAGGGUCUUCGUUUGUUUGUGGGUCCUGGAGGGAGCACAGCCCUUGGCAGUCACCAUCUGCCGGCAAGGGUUGGUGCUGGUGCCUACGAGCAGGUGGUGAUCAAGCGCUAGAGCUGGAACUUGCCAAGCAGAGAGGCGGCACAAACCAAAGUACGGGAGGAAGGGACACACAGGCUGUCCAACCUCUCAUCCUUCUGGCAGUGUUUUUCACCCUCCCAGCCUCACUGUUUGCCAGAGCCUGAAGAUUUGGACGGAACAGCACCCUCUGCUGGCUGCGAGAAGACGUGUUCUUUUCUUGAGCCUGGGGUUACUGAUAUGACCCUGUGUGGUUAAGUGUUAAAUAUCAACUCUCCAUGCUUUCCUCCCUUGGAGUGGGAAUAAAAACACAGAACAAAAAGGGGUAAACUAUUUUCUGAUUGGAACUGAAGGCAAACUCCUCUCGUUGUUUUGGGGUUCUUGGUUUUGUUGUGUCCUCCAGGUGUUUUGUUCCAUAUGUAGUUGAAUCUCUUUAAUAAGUCUCUGUUCUGCGGCUGUAUUGGUUAUGUUUGGUAGUGGAAAUGUGUUGUGCAACUCCACCACCUAUCUACACUUCGGUAUGUGUGUGUGUGUGCUGCAGAUGCAGUGCUGCAGUGUUCUUUAGUGAAGGUGACCUCACUGUUGCGCACAGCUUCUGUCUGCCGAUCUCAUUACGCUCUGAGGGAAAACUGAGCCGGCUAUUCUUUUGUUUUGCACCUUUGGGAGGAAAGCUGAGAACAGGGAGGAAAGUUCACCUUUCGUAGAGAGAGAAUUAGCUUCCACACUGUCUAUUGUGAGUUUGUCACCUCCAGGGAAAUAAUAUUCUGUAAGUAGCAUCUAAACUUGUAGGGGAACACAAGUUUUGGGAGCUUUUAGGAUUUUAGAACAGUUCAGAACUGUCCCUCAGCUCCAGCUGGUUUGUAGUGUUCAUUUGUUCUUAAAUGGUUGUCAAAGCUUAACUUAAGGAAUAUUAAAUGUCCAGAAAAGGCUCAGUCACCACAUGAACAUGUGGGUUUAAACUAUCUCAGCACAGCUUACCUACAAGGGCAAAUUCAGGCAAGCUGCAAAGAAACUGCCAUCACCAACAACUUAGCCAUGUAGUGAGGGAAGAAAGGAGUGGUAUUAGCACAGAUUCCACAUUCAUUAUGGUUGAUCUGGUCUAGAGUGUGCACACGAGUGAACCCAGGAUUGUGUUUGUGAUUUGUAGCUGCUGUAAGUUAAGCCUACAGCUGUUACUGAAGUUUAAAACAACUUCUUAUUUAAUCUGCUACAGCAAGCCACCUCAACUUGGCCCUCUUUUCUUCUCUGUACCAAAACAUUAUCAUCUAUUUUUAAAAACAGUGUAUUUACUGCAGCAACAUACUGACUUCUGAUGUAACAAACACUACAAAAUAUCUCAUUUUUGUGCAUACUUGUUUAUCGUAACAUCACUGAAUUUGUUGAUGACAGAAAUGUUAGUUAACCUGUGUGUUUCCGGUCUGCUGAUGUCAAUGUCCUUGGUUUAACUUAUAUGCCAGUACUUUCAUAAAAGCCAUAAAAGUUUAUAAUGUGAUUUCACUCUGAGACUGAGCGAGUAUGUGUGCUCUAAGCAGAUUCAACUGGCACUAAAAGACCAAUUGUGUAAAGCUAGAUGUAACAAUGCAUGGGUAGGUCUAGGACAUUAUCAGUUUAGUGUCUGUUCAUGCCCGUGUCCUGCCUGUAAGGUGCCAUCACAUCAUAAGCGUGUUCAAUUUAAUCACAAUUUAUACCGUUGGCCGAACAGUAGUACAAAACAUAUCACUGUGGGCAAUUCAUUAUCACAAGUAAUCAUCCUCUCAGGUUUGUUGACUUAAUCAUUGUAUUUGCACAAUCUUCAUUGGGACAUCAGUGUAUAUCAACAUAUAUAUAUAUAUUAAAUCAGUACUUCUUAUAGGAAAACUGCUGUUUUUUCCAUUUUAACGCUUUAAUAUAAACUCAGAGAUUAUCAUCAUCCAGCCUGCCUUCUGUGUUUUGUAACUCCAAGGAAAACGCCUGAAGACCACAUGGUUUCUUUAGCACAGUAUUUCAUCAUCUUUACAGUGUACUUCUCUCCACUUUACCCUCUAGUAUUCCACCGAUAACAGUCAUUAAAUGUUUGAAUAAUUCAUAUUUAGUCUGUAGGUCUUGGUACUUUACAUGUUGUAACAAACAACAUGGUGUUUUUCUCCUUUCUCUUCUGUGAAGCUUUUGGUCCUUGUACUGUACAGUGUCUAAUGCAACAGUGAAAUUGCUUUUGACUGUCCUGCAAUGUUUUGGUGUUUUACCACUUUUGACCAAUGAUGGCUUACAUGUCAUAAUGUUUAAUUACAAUGCUGUUUAUGUGUGUACCGCGCACUGUUAAAUAAACCCAGUAUAUUUCAAUGAAAGGA